AUGGCAGAAAGAAUACUACAACAUAUAGAGGAACAAAAAAAGCGUCUUACAAUAGCGCAAAUCAAUAAAAACACGGCAGAGAAAGCAGAUGCAUAUGCCUACUACAAUCUAGCCAGAGCUUAUUACUUCCUCAGUGACUUCCAUCAAGAAAUAGGGUACAUCAAGCAAUACCUGAGGAUUGCUGAGGACGUCGGUGACAGAACAGGUGCAGGACGUGCCUAUCACAGACUCGGCUGUGCUUAUGGAUCCCUUGGUGACUCCCAACGAGAAAUAGAGUACCACAACCAAGAGCUCAGGAUUGCCAAGGAAGUUGGUGACAGGGAAUGGGAAGGAUGUGCCUAUGACAAUCUCGGCCAUGCUUAUGCCUCCCUCAAGGAAUUCCAACAAGCAAUAGAGUGCCACAAUCAACACCUCAGCAUUGCCAAGGAAUUUGGUAACAGGGCAUGUGAAGGCACAGCCUAUGGCAAACUCGGCUAUAUUUAUGAGGCUCUCCGCGAAUAUCAACGAGCAAUAGAGUACACCAAUAAAGGCCUCAUCAUUGCCAAGGGAGUGGGUGACAGGGCAGUGCAAUUGCAAGGCUAUGGCAAUCUCGGCCUUAUUUAUGAAAUUCUCGGCGAACACCAACGAGCAAUAGAGUACACCAAUAAAUGCAUCAUCAUUGCCGAGGAAGUUGGUGACAGGGUAGGGGAAGGCAAGGCCUAUUCCACUCUCGGCAAUUCUUAUUACCACCUUCAAGAAUUCCCACGAGCAAUGGAGUGCUACAAGAAACACCUGAACAUUGCCGAGGAACUAGGUGACAGAAUAGGAAAAGGACGUGCCUAUGUAAACAUCGGUCAAGUUCGUUAUUCCCUCGGCGACGUGCCAGGAGCAAUGGAGUACUACAAGCUACACCUGAGCACUGCCGAGGAAAUCGGUGACAGGGGAGGACAAGGAAAAGCCUAUUGCCGCCUUGGAGAUUGUUAUAGAAAACUCCACGACUUGAAGGAAGCAAUAGAGUGUUACAAGCAACACUUGAGGAUUGCCGAGGAAAUCAGUGACAGGAUAGCUGAAGCAUGUGCACAUCAAGGCCUGGGUCACUCUUUUCUGCAAUCACAUUCCUUGAAUGAGGCUUUAGAACAUUUUAGAUGCUGCGUUAGAAUCUAUGACACUAUUAGAGCCAAUUCUAUCUCGGAAGAUCAAUUGAAAAUAAGUUUCUGUACGCUUCAUCAUCCAUGUGCCUAUACUCAUUUAUGGCAGGUUUUAGUAAUGCUUCAAAGGAAUGAUGAGGCUUUAUACGCUGCUGAGAGGGGACGGGCACAGGCUUUGCUCGAUGCCUUAAAAGUAACUUAUGGCCUUACAUCACUUUCUCCCAGGUCAAUUGAAUCUGAAGAAGAAGUCGGAAAUAUUUCAAGGAAGACAACUGUUUUAACACUUUUUCUUGCCCUGCAAAACAAAAAAGUCAAUAUGUGGGUGUUGGGAAAAGAGGACAACCCUAUUUUUAGGCAAGCGCAGAUAGAAAUUGGUCCUGAACACGAAGAUUCCUUUACUUUCCUUUUAGACUUUGUUUUGGAAUACAUUGGGGCUGGCGUCGGUAUCAGGUGCGAAAAUCGGUCAAUGGAUAAGAUGAGUGAUGACCAAACUUCAACUACUCGAGACGAUGAUCAAACAUCGGAGCCAAUACAGGGGACCACCGACCUUUUUCAGCCAUUAUAUGAUGUAGCUCUUGGUCCCAUUGAAGACUUGCUUGAUGGUGAUGAACUAAUUGUAGUUUCUGACGGCGCUUUGUUCAAAGCUCCUUGGGCAGCCCUGAGUGAAACUUUAAGGAUCCGCACUGUUCCCUCACUGACAAGUUUGAAAGUCAUCACAGAUUCUCCAAUUGAAUACCACAGUAAAAGUGGAGCCCUGCUAGUUGGAGAUCCAUGCUUGAAGAAAAUUACAGAUAGACGGGGGAGCCCCAUUUAUGAUCCUCUGAAGUACGCAAGAAUUGAAGUGGAGAUGAUUGGAGAAAUUUUAAAGAGUCAACCUUUAACAGGUGAAGAUGCAACCAAAGAAGCGGUACUUCAGAGAAUCGGGUCAGUUGCUUUGGUACACAUUGCAGCCCACGGAAGAAAGGAAACUGGAGAAAUUGUUUUGGCUCCAGACCCCCGAUGGGAAUCCUAG